CCUGCCCUUUAGGCUAUCCCGGUUCUGUGAUUGGACUAACUUGUUAGAGGGGCGGGCUCACGCUGCUGUUGGACGUUGUAAGUGGUGGAGGAAUUACUUUGUCGUUAGUGGUCCGGUUAGAGAUCCUGUGUUAACAGCUACCUGCGAAUAUGUUCAAAAGUUAAAAAUGAGUGAUUCUGAAUUUAAAUCCCCUUUUUACAUGUUCGUACUCCUCGGGAAACUUAACGGGACGACGAGAACAUCUGUGAGAGCGCCGAAGGUGUGGCUGGUCAAGUAGUUCCUCAGAGGACGGCUCUACCUCCUCUCCUGCUCUCUAGUCCUGGGGACCAGAGUUUGUGAUAGUUUUUCUAUAUAUUUAUAAAAAUAAAAAAAUUAAUGCCCGGAUGCAAGAAGAUAACUUGUGAGUUCAUGAUCACAUGACCGUGGACAUGGACGCAGUCCUGUCCGACUUUGUCCGUUCAACUGGAGCUGAACCAGGAUUGGCCAGAGAUCUGCUGGAAGGCAAGAACUGGGAUUUUACUGCUGCACUUAGUGACUUUGAGCAGCUGCGACAGGUGCACGCAGGCAACCUGACAUAUUCAUUCCCAGAAGAGCGAACAUAUCAGGCUCCUGAAAAAGAGAUGGCCAGGGUGGGGCGCCCUGUGCUCCACCGCCAGGACGAGGUGGUGCAAGCAGCCACAGAGAAGCGGCUGUCCAGGGGCAUCUCUCAUGCCAGUUCAACCAUCGUCUCUCUGGCCCGCUCUCACGUCUCCAGCACAGGCGGAAGCAGCAACGAGCCGCUCCUGGACACACCCUUGUGCACUUUCCAACUACCAGACCUCACCGUGUAUCGCGAGGACUUCAGGAGCUUCAUUGAGAGGGACCUGAUAGAGCAGUCCAUGAUGGUGGCCUUGGAGAAUGCUGGACGACUGAACUGGUGGACCAAAGUUGUCCCAAACUGCCAGAGUCUGCUGCCUCUGGCUACGAGCGGGGAUGGAAACUGUCUGUUACACGCAGCCUCGCUCGGAAUGUGGGGCUUCCAUGAUCGUGACCUGAUGCUGCGGAAGUCUCUGUACGCGCUGAUGGAUCAUGGGUUGGAGAGAGAAGCACUGAAGCGCAGGUGGAGGUGGCAGCAGACCCAGCAGAACAAAGAGUCUGGUCUGGUGUACACGGAGGAGGAGUGGCAGAAAGAGUGGAAUGAACUGUUAAAACUGGCCUCCAGUGAGCCAAGAAUCCACUACAGCACCAACGGCACCGGCGGGGCUGAAUCUUCUGACGAGCCGGUUUACGAGAGCUUAGAGGAGUUUCACGUCUUCGUCCUGGCUCAUGUCCUCAGAAGGCCUAUUGUGGUGGUGGCUGACACCAUGCUGAGGGACUCUGGAGGAGAAGCUUUUGCUCCCAUUCCAUUUGGAGGCAUCUACCUACCGCUGGAGGUGCCAGCUGUCAAGUGCCAUCGCUCCCCCCUUGUCCUAGCAUACGAUCAGGCUCACUUCUCUGCACUGGUCUCCAUGGAGCAGAAGGACAGCUCCAAAGAACAAGUUGUAAUUCCUCUUACCGACUCGGAGCACAAAAUGCUGCCUCUGCACUUUGCUGUGGAUCCUGGGAAGGACUGGGAGUGGGGAAAGGAUGACACUGACAACAUGAUGCUGGCCAGUGUGGCGCUUUCUCUGGAGGCCAAACUCCAGAUGCUGCACACCUACCUGACUGUCACCUGGUUGCCACUUCCAUGUGAGCAAGCUCCUCUGGCCCAACCGGAGUCGCCCACAGCUUCAGCAGGAGAGGACGCUCGAACGCCUCCCGACUCAGGGGAGUCAGACAAGGAGUCGGUCAGCAGCAGCUCCAACGGCAACGGAGACACGACCACCACCUCAGCGGUAAACGGGGGUGGAUCUGCGGCCAAAAACAGCACCUCGUCCUCCUCUAGUUCAUCCAGCAGUGGAUCUGCAGGGACUGGGGGGAAGGACAAGACAAAGAAGGACAAGGAUAAAGACAAGAAGAGGGCAGACUCUGUGGCCAACAAGCUCGGCAGUUUUGGGAAGAGCCUGGGCAGCAAGCUGAAGAAAAAUGUGGGCGGCUUGAUGACUGGAAAGAACACCGGAGUAGGAGGUGUCAAGCAGGAGGGCGGGGAGAAGAAGAAGGGCUCGUUUAGGGGGCGGAAAGGCAGCAAGGACAGCUCGCCUUCCACCCAAGCCUCAGAGGAUUCUGGGAAAGGCUCUCCUUCCUCAGGAAGUGAGCGGCUCAUCGGAACGAUGAGCAGCAUGAGCAGCAGCGGUGGGAGCAGCACCGAGAGCGACAACUACAAGUACAGCGCCGACGUAAAGGUGAGUCUGGGAAUCCUGCGGGCCGCCAUGCAGGGCGAGAGGAAGUUCAUCUUCGCCAGCCUCCUCACCACCAGCAACCGGCAGCCCUUCCAGGAAGAGAUGAUCCACCGCUACCUCACCGACGCAGAGGAGCGCUUUCGGGUGGAGCAGGAGCAGCAGCGCCGUGAGGCAGAGCGGAAGGCCAUCGCCACCAGCCUCCAGCCUCCUAAGAAGGAUGUAGUUUGUGCUUCGGAGCUGAGCUACCGGCCCUACGAGGCCAAGGAGGAACUCUGUGAGACCUUAUCGCCUUCCUUCAAUCCGACCCCUUUGAGUCCCUCUAUGUACUCUGCUGUGGUGCCCAUCCCUCGCCCCUCUUUCAUAGAGCAACCUCCUCCCGCUGCACCUCCUCUGACCCAACACCACGUGCACCCCCACUUAGACACUCGCCGCCAGCUCGCUGGAGGCUCUCCAGCCACCUCUUACCCUGGCCUGCCCUCGUACGUCACUCUUCCCCGACACUGCCCCACCACACAGGGGCCCCCCCACCCCCAAUACCACAGUUCCCAAGGCCCCUCCUCCCUGAGCCCGUCUCGCUUCAUACCUUCCUAUCCCGAGUUUGACCCGCCAGAUUAUCCCGGCGCCGAGCUCGCCGGUGGGGGCUACACCAAUGGCUUCCGGGACAUGAGCUCCAUCCUAGACUCUCGGAGCGGACAGCCCCCGGUCCGACACUACUCGCUGGGCAGCGCGGGCGGUCUGUCCAGCCGCUGCCGGACACCCAGCUGCACCUACUAUGGACACCCCGAGACGGGGAACUAUUGUUCCUACUGCUACAGGGAAGAGCUGAAGAAGAGGGAGACGGAACCGGCCAUCCACCGGUUCUGAGCGGACCGCGUGGCGGCUUUACUAAGAGUGGCCUUUCUGUGUUUCAGUAAACUAGCGGCGAGACGCAGCAGUGUCCCUCCCCAUGAUUACAGCUGUGUCAUUUCCUGUUGGAUGUGAUGUCACUAAACGAGGGGGAGGGGGUAUCACAUGAUAGACCAUAGAAUAAACUAACUGCACUUCUGUUGUAUUUUGCUGUGGCUCUUAUGCAGGUGUGUGUGUGUGUGUGUGUGUGUGUGUGUGUGUGUGUGUGUGUGUGUGUGUGUGUGUGUGUGUGUGUGUGUGUGUGUGUGUGUGUGUGUGUGUGUGUGUGUGUGUGUGUGUGUGUGUGUGUGUGUGUGUGUGUGUGUGUGUGCGUGUGUGUGUGUGUGUGUGUGUGUGUGUGGACUACAGGCUUUCCUUUGUUCAGAGUCGAAGGCCUCGCUGCUGUCUCCCCCUAGUGGAGAGAAUGUAAAUGGCAGGACAAGUACGGAACACUCAUGCACAUAUUUCCACACCACAUCAGACACUAUGAGCAGCGACGUAAGCACAAACCAAAAAGGCACAAGCGUCUCCACCGCACCUGUUCUCGUGCUUGGGUCUGUGCACAGACCUGACAUUCAUGUUACUGGAUGCUUCUGCCACCCCUGACCCCUGGAAGCAUCACAUCUGUCUUCUCAAACUACCGAUUAAUGCUAGUAAUUCUAAUCUUUUGCUUAUUUCCUUUAACUUAUGGCUGGAUUCUGAAGAGGUCAAAUGUCAGGAAGCAUCACAGGUUAAGGCAUCCAGGCUAACUUUAGUCUUCCUGCCAAAUUACAAUUCAGAAUUUAGCUAAUUAAUUCAGAUUCUGGGAAUCUGCAGGCUUUGUCCCAAUCAGAUCUGUAACUAAAGCUUUCUAACAAACAAACAAAUUAUACACAAACAUAAUUUAAAUUUUUUAGCAGAUUAGAUGCAACAAAGCUGCUGCUGCUGGAUUAAAAGUCAUUGUCAACAAAAGAACAUUAACUCUGAAUGCAUAAAGCAAUAAAAUAAUCAGCAUUUGUGACUUUUGUCAUCAGAGCAGCAGUAGAUCUGAGCAUUUACAGGUGUGUGUGUAAUAUGUUACAGGUGCGUUGAUGAGACGAAGUUUCGUUUUCAGCUAGAGGUGCAACACUGAGCUGUUUUGGAUGCUCUUUGCAUCAGCUGAAGCAAGUAUGUCCAGUCCUGAUCCUCCAGGGCCACAUCCCUGCACGUUGCUCCAACACACCUGACUUUAGUCAGCUGGUGAUUAACAGGCUUCACACCUGCGCUGAUCAGGUGAUUCACCUAUUAAAUCAAGUGUGUCGGAGCAGAGAAACAACUAAAACAUGCAGGAUGGAGGCCCUGAGGACCAUGGGUGGUGACUUCUGAACUAAAGGAACAAAAAAUAAACAUUUAGACCAAACACUGGGGAAAAAAUACAAAAUGUUCACGUGAAUUUUUGUUGUUUGUCUCCAAAAAGGGAAAAAAAUGUCUGAGUUGUCUGAAAUUUUUAAUUUAGGAUGUUUAUAAGAUUUAUUUAUUUUAAAAGUAUAAAGUCCUUUUGAUUUGUUUACAAUAGCAGCUGUUUUCGGUCUGGUUUCAAGUGAUAAUUUUUGUACCGUCUCACAAACGGAAUUCUGUUGCGUGUUUAUUCUGGGUUCCAUUUCUCAGGCUGAGGUCGAUCUUUGUUUUGGAAUUUUGUUCCACCAAAUCCACUCAUAUGUUGCACAGUUCAAGCACUUUCCCCCGAUGUUCAUGCAUAUAGAUAGUUACGUUUCUAUGCCGGUCUCUGCAGACACUUCGGUUUAGUUCACUGGGAAUUUGGUGCACAACCAGGAGAGUUUUAUUUAAACUUAGACUGAAGUGUUCCUGUUGGCCUUUUAAAGCGUUUGCUCUGCUUGCUUCACUGCCUGCAGGUUUCUCUACUACUGAACCCAGAAACUAACUGAAAUCCUGCAAAAUUUCCCAUUUUCACUGAAAGUUUUCCACAUUUCUUUUCAUGCGAAGCUCAGAGUUGAAGAUUAAAUUUGUUGAGUCUUCCGUGUUACUUCAAACUGACUAUUGUUGUAAUUACGGCUAAGUUAGAGCUGUAAUUAUCUCCCUAUAAAAAGCCGUGUUGUGGACUUCAGUUGGUGAUGAGCUCUAGUUAGAACAAUUAUGUUAAUUUAGUUUUUCUUUGAGGUUGUUAGAUAAAAGCACAAAACGGUAUGCAAUCCACUGCCUUGCCCACUAGAGGGUGCUGUUGUCUUGUUUGUUUUGACAGGUUGGCUCUGGUCCUGCUGCCCGUCACACAACUGCUAACAAAACACACCAAAACCUUAUUAAAACACUGUUUUAUUACAAAAGGUUGCUAAACCUGUUCAUAUAUAUCUGCUGCAGAUUGAAAUUUCCCCAUAAAUAAACAUUUGCUGUGUGCAUGUGUGUUCGAAUGUGUUCAUAUGUCACUUUUCCCUUCACGCGGGAAUAAAAACUUGUUUUAACUACAGAAACGUGUCCGUGUGCUUUCCCCUUCUCCAAAGUAAUAGUUAGCUUGCAGGCGGAGUUUUUAUUUUAUUUUAUUAUUUGAUGAAGCAGACAACCGUCAGGCUGCAAACAUGUUUUUCUAUUUAACAAAAUAAGAGCGCUUGAGAGGUUGUAUAUAUAUGUUCUGAGUUAUUUUUGUAAGCCCAAAGUUUUACAGUGUUUUUAAAAGGGUGAGAUUGUAUUUUGUUUAAUAUUCUGGAGAAUAAGCUUGGAAGAGCCUGGAUUUGGGGAGGAGUUACGGUUAAUUAUGACCCCCAGAUGGGCCUUUUGUUACUCGAGGCUCUUUCAGUGCAAACUAAUAUCCUCAAUACUGACCUGACGAUUUGAAAAUAUAUAUAUUUAUAGUGGGAUUUUUUGUUAAAUCUGUUUCCUUGGGAAGUUUAGUCGACGUGAUUUGGAUGUUCUUUCUUUCUGACGUGACUAAAUGUCUCACAGUCGGCUUUUUAUUUAUGGCUGUUUGAAUCUGUUUCUUUGAGUUUGUGCGACUCUGAAAACCCGACACAAUCUUACUGGCCGACUCUGCUCAUUUCCCUUAAAAGCAGAAGAGAAAUGGCUCUGGAUGAGGUUUUUGUGACCCAACGUAUAUUUUUGUAUAUUGUACUACACUGUCAUUUUUGUGGAAGCCGAACCCUACAAAUAUGGAACACUUGGAUUUGCAUGGGACUGGAACCGUUGCAUGUAAAUCGCGAACCAUUUUACCAAAUUUGUGCAUUAUUUGAACUUGUUUAUUUUUCUUAGUAAUUUGUUUUGUUACUUUCUGUUUUUUCUCUGAAGCCCUAGGGCUGUGUGACUGUGCAAUCUGGAUAGAAAGAACGUCAGAUUAAGUGUUAGGUUAUUAAUGAUGAUUUUUUUUUGCACCGUUUGAAUAAAUUCUCAUCUUAUUUGAAGGAA